UUUUUUCGGGAGUAAGAAAUGAAUCUGGCCCAAACGUGAUGCCUUUACUGCAUUGCUAGAUUUUUCCUUACAGCGGAAGUUGCGAGUCCUCUCCCAGUCUGAGCUUGCAUGACUUCACCCAGCAAUGGGAAGAAGUAGGUGGUUGAUCAUUUGGGAAAGCCCUCUUUUUCUUGGACUGCUGACGCGUACAAGAGUCUACGGGCUGCCCAGAAGCGAAGCAGCAUUUUCAUCUUCACCACAUUCCACCAUGUUACUUCAUGUUUUAGUCUUAGCAGCCUUGACUUCCCGGGCUGAGUGUUACUUUGUUGAAGAAAAGUUCCCGGAGGAGUCCGGGAUGCAGCCUCCCACCGUGGUGAUCGCGAUCAUAGCCAGGAAUGCGGCGCAUUCCCUGCCGUACUACCUCGGAGCUCUGGAGAGACUCAACUACCCCAAAGACCGCAUCUCUGUGUGGGCCGCGACAGAUCACAACUCAGACAACACCACAGCCAUUCUGAGAGAGUGGCUCACUGUCAUGCAGAGAUUCUACCAUUACGUUGAGUGGAGGCCAAUGGACCAGCCGACGUCUUAUGCGGGGGAGUUUGGUCCAAAGCACUGGCCCAACAGCAGAUAUGAGUAUGUGAUGAAACUGAAGCAGGCAGCUCUCAACUUUGCCAGAAAACGCUGGGCUGACUACAUAUUGUAUGCUGACACAGACAACAUCCUCACCAACCCAGAAACCCUCAACCUGAUGAUUGCAGAGAACAAGUCGGUCAUCGCUCCCAUGUUAGACUCCCCGGGAGCGUAUUCCAACUUUUGGUGCGGUAUCACACCGCAGGGUUAUUAUCGACGAACAGCGGAAUACUUCCCGACACGUUACCGCCACAGACACGGCUGCUACCCCGUGCCGAUGGUCCACAGCACCCUGCUGCUGGAUCUGAGGAAGGAAGGCAUGAAGAAACUGGCUUUCUACCCUCCUCAUGAAGACUACUCAUGGCCCUAUGACGACAUCAUCGUUUUUGCAUUUUCCUGCCGCGCUGCAGAGGUCCAGAUGUACGUGUGCAACAAGGAGCGCUAUGGCUACCUAAACGUUCCCGGCAAACCUCAUUUCACGCUGGAGGACGAUUGUCUCAACUUUGUCCAUGUCCAUCUGGAGUCACUGAUUGAUGGGCCCGCCAUGUAUCCUUCUCGAUACGUUCACAUGUUCCCAAAGCAGAGAGACCUGGUAGGGUUUGAUGAGAUCUAUCUGAUUAACCUGCGACGCCGGCCUGACCGCAGAGACAGGAUGCUGUACUCCCUAAACGAGCUGGAGGUUGACGUCAAAGUGGUAGAUGCUAUAGAUGGAAAUGCACUGAACAGCAGCGACAUUAAGUUCCUGGGUGUCGACUUGCUGCCGGGUUACUAUGACCCGUUCUCUGGACGCACACUGACCAAAGGAGAGGUGGGCUGCUUCCUCAGCCACUAUUACAUCUGGAAGGAGGUUGUGGACAUGCAAAUGGACAAAGCCCUGAUCUUUGAGGAUGACGUUCGCUUCGAGGCAAACUUCAAGCGACGAGUGCUCAGGUUAAUGGAAGAGGUGGAGCAGGUGGAGCUGGACUGGGACUUAAUAUAUCUUGGCAGGAAGCAAGUGAAUCCUGGAAAGGAGGCGGCGGUGGAGAACGUUCGGAACCUGGUGGUGGCCGACUAUUCGUACUGGACUCUGUCCUACGCCAUCUCUCAGCAGGGAGCCCAGAAACUGCUCAAUGCUGAGCCGCUCUCUAAGAUGCUCCCUGUCGAUGAAUUCCUCCCCAUCAUGUAUGACAAACAUCCCAAUGAGGACUACAAGUCCCAUUUCCCCAACAGAAACCUGCAAGCCUUCAGCACACGCCCCCUUCUGGUACAGCCAUGUCAAUACGCCGGCGAUCCUGAGUGGGUGAGUGACACAGAGACCUCCACGCUGUGGGAUGAUGACUCAGUAAGGACUGAUUGGAGAGGCUCCCAUAAAACACUGAAGGGGGCUGCGCCACCGCCUGAGAUGCUGUCUGCCUCCUACAGGGACGAACUUUAGUGCCGGGACGCUGGGAGGUCAGAAAGAUGGACGCUGAGGGGACAACAUGAUGUCAGACUUAAUAUCAGUCGGUUUGAUGAGGCAGACAUGCUCAUUGUCCUAAGAGCUGGACCUUUUCCAUUUUUAUUGUUGUAGAGGGUGUGUGGUACUCCAUGGAUGAUCUUUGGGGUUAUUUAUUGACUCACUCUGUAGCAGCAUGCUUUAAAUGUUAUGCAGAAACUUGCACAACAAAUUUCCUCAAUCAGUUCAGAGUUUUUAAAGUUUUUAUUGUUACUUCUUCUUUGAUGGGUGUGAAAGAAAUUGUGUGUUUCAUGUGUGCCUGUGGUGACUGUAUAUCCAGAAAACGGAUCUCACAGCGUUUGUCCCUAAGUCUGUCAAAAAGUCGGAGGAUUCCAUUUCCUUUUUAGUGUAAACAAUUUGUAUUGUAAUUUUUUAGGUAUUUUUUUUAUUCCAGUGGAACUGUUGACAGACAGAACUGCACCUACUACUAAGCUCUACAUGGUAACAGUUUCCACAGUGAAAGCUUCGACAUGUGAUGGUUCAGAACUCUUAUGAGUGAUUCGAGAUUGGAUUCAUCAAAUAUUGUGUUUUUACUCACACAUACUGAAUGCUACAGAGAAUUUUUAGGAAGCGUUUCUUAAAAAGGUAAAGUUUUGUUAUUUACAGAGUCAAAUUGGUAAUUUAAACUUAACAAAUCGUGGGUUACUAUAAUUUUUAAUAUUUACAAAAAAAAGAAAAAAUAUUUUAUUCUUAAAAAUUGUUCAAUUUUAUUGUGAUCUGGACUUAUAGUGGUUAUUAUUUUAAAUUAAAUAAAACAUCAGAAUUAUUUAAGGCAGCCAAGAUUUUCUAAAUAUUUAUGUUUUUUAAAUUGAUAACAAACAUCGAUACAUGUUUCUUAACACUUCUGCUGAGGUUAGAAGUGUUUAUUUUUUAUGUUAAACGGACUUGAUAUGGGUUUAGGAACUACAUAAAACAUUUACAGUAGCAUUUAUGAGCCAUUUGAAUUACAUAAAUGAGUUUUGACUAAACUUGUACAUUUAUUUUCUACACCUAAACAUGUGUAGGGACCUAUUUUCUGUUUCAAUUGUUUCUGAUAAUCAAUAAUUAGCAGAAAUUAUUAUUAGUUUAAUUUAUUGAGUCUUUAAUGAUGUGUCUUACUGAUGAAUCAAGACUUAUUCUUCUGGCUGUGUUUUUUCUCUCCCUUAUUCAUGUUUUAAUGUGGGGUGUAUGUAACAUUUAUCAUUUUAAAGUGACAAACAGG